UAAUUGUCAUAUGAGUCCAAAUUUAUAGACUCAUCAGUGUGGAGUUGCCAUCGAGAAGUUUGGUGCCUUGCCUAAUUUGUUAAGAACAGCGCUGGAACUAAAUCCGCAUUGGUCGACAACUAGAACAACUAUACUCUUUGGGAUCUUCCCAGCUUUCAUUGCUUUUAUGGCUAGCAUACUUGCCCUAUUUCUCUUUUUCUUAUUUCUAGUUUGGAUAUGGAGGAGAACCCACAAAACUGCCCCUCAAAAGAUACUUCCACCAAAAGCAGGUGGUGCAUGGCCUAUAAUCGGCCACCUCCACCUAUUAGGAGGGAAGCAACCAGCCCAUAUAACCCUGGGCGACAUGGCCGACAAAAACGGACCAAUCUUCAGUAUCAACUUGGGCAUGCAUAGAGCUAUUGUAGUAAGCAGUUCAAAGAUAGCUAAAGAGUGUUUCACUACCAAUGAUAAAAUCUUUGCCAAUCGUCCAAAAUCUUUGGCGGCAGAACUCAUGGGUUACAACUAUGCCUUGCUUGGUUUCUCCCCAUAUGGUUCCUAUUGGCGCCAUGUUCGAAAAAUAGUCACUUUAGAGAUCCUCUCAAAUCACCGUAUCGAGAUGUUCAAACACAUUCGAGAGUCAGAGAUAAACAUGGCCAUAAAAGAGAUCUACAUGUUGUUGGCCCAGAAUAACAACGCAUUAGUGGAGAUGAAAAGAUGGUUCGGCUAUGUAACUCUAAAUGUCAUGUUUAUGAUGGUUAUAAAGAAGCGAUUUUCUUGGUCUGCAACCAAGGAUGAGAAUAAAGGAAAUGAUCAAUGUAGAAAGGUGAUGAGAGAUUUCUUUGUGUUGAGUGGGACAUUUGUAGUGUCAGAUAUGCUUCCAUAUCUAAGAUGGUUGGACUUGGGUGGGUACGAGAAGGCAAUGAAGGAAACUGCAAAAAAAUUAGAUCAUGAGCUUGAAGGAUGGCUAGAAGAACACAAGCAAAGAAGAAUUUAUGGGGAGGUAAAGAAGGAACAUCAAGACUUUAUGGAUGUGAUGUUGUCUAUUGUCAUUGACAGUGAAGAAAUUUCUAGUUAUGAAGCUGAUGCAAUCACCAAGGCUACUUGUCUGACCCUCAUCUUAGCAGGCACAGAUACAACGACAGUGACAAUGACAUGGGCACUCUCUCUACUUCUUAAUAACCGAGAGACUCUUAAGAAAGCCCAACAAGAAUUAGACCUCCAGAUUGGUAGAGAUAGGCUAGUGAUGGAAUCAGAUUUGGAAAAUUUAGUCUAUCUUCAAUCUGUCAUCAAGGAAACAAUGCGUCUAUAUCCCGCUGCGCCACUUUCUGUGCCACACGAGUCCUUUGAGGACUGCACUUUGGCUGGUUACCACAUCCCAGCAGGCAAUCGUCUUUUUGUUAAUCUAUCAAAGAUUCAUAGAGAUCCACAAGUGUGGUCAGAUCCUACCGAAUUCUGCCCAGAAAGAUUCCUUACAACCCACAAAGAUGUUGACUUUAAGGGCCAACAUUUUGAGCUUAUACCAUUUGGUAGCGGGAGGAGAGUUUGUCCAGGAAUCUCAUUUGCACUACAAGUUAUGCAACUCACACUUGCUAACUUUUUGCAUGCCUUUGAGAUUACGACAGUACCAGCAUAUGAACCAGUAGACAUGACUGAAAAAGUUGGACUUACAUCCUUGAAAGCCACCCCUCUUGAAGUCCAUCUCACUCCACGCCUUCCUUCCUCAACAUAUGCAUGACCAUUGGAGUAUAUGUUAAAUAGCUACAAUAUUGCCAAGGAGUUUCGUAAUGAUCUUCAUGCUCAAGGAUUAUGCAUAUAUUAAAUUAUCUUCUUCUAUUUUGUUCUUGUUUUUAUUUUUAUUUUGGUGUGUUUGCUGUAAAAGUACGUACCUAGCUAUCUUAUGCAUAGGAACAUUAGGGGAUCUUGUACCACAAUUUCUUGAACAAAGUUUAGUAAUUUCUUUUUUGGAAAAUUUA